UGAUUCAAGGAUUAUGCUUAUGUUAUUCACUUUUUAUCAUUAUUAAAAUAUGAAUAUUGAUUAUAACCUUAUAUAUUUUUAAGGUUAUGAAGUAAUCUGUCAAAAAUUUAAGUUUUUAAAGAUUAAUUUGUUGUAAUUCACAGAAAAAAAUAGGAAAAUGAGUCGUGAGAAGCAAAAAAACUUGUUUUUUUCUUUUUUAUGUAAAACCUUGUUAAGAUAUAAUGUAUUACCCAAAAUUAUAACACAUUCCGCCAUUGUUAGCUAAUAACCUAUAAAUUAUCGCUCCCGCAAUUAAGCGUUGUAUGUUGUUGUAUGUACUACAUCAACCCGUACCCUAUAUCAACACCACUAUGAACGUUUAAAUUGUUAUUAUGAAACGCCGCGCAUACCAACGUACCAUUCACCAUUAAGUGAGCAAACGAUAAACUGUAUUGAAUUAUUAAUGUGCGCGCUGCGAGCCGCGUAUACGCCGUUGUCUUUUUCUCCGUUAUGGUGAAAUCAUGUUAAUGUAAAAAAUAUUGAUCGCCGAGGGUGGCCGCAAGCCAAGCGGGCAGGUACGCUUGUUGUAAGGUAUGCUGCUCUGCAUUCGCGUAUCCUUCUUCGCCGGUGCGGUCGCUGGUUUGUGGUUAGCGCCGUUCGCGGUUGGCGGCAAGCGAGUGAUUAGUCAAACCGAAACUAUUGUGGCGGCUGCACGCAUAUUCGGAACUAGGGUAUAAAAAAAUAACAAAACAAGUUGUUUGUUUAGAUUAUUUUAAUUAAAUGUGAAAGGAUAUUUUAAUAAAUAAAAAACAAGUGGUGUAGUAUUGCUCACUAAUUACCGAUUGAUUAAUUGAACUCGCCGUUACUGAGAAAUUAAACAACGUGUGUCAUCCACAAGCGCGACAAUGGCGUUGAGCGGCGCCUUGGCGAAAAACACACAGGACCGAAGCGACUUGGUCGCCUACUGGAGCGUCCCACUUUGCGACGGUAUGCACACAAUCGAAUUUGAGCAUGGAUCAACAAGUGGAAAGCGCGUUCUGCGGAUCGAUGGCAAGGAGAUCCUACGUCGCGAUUGGAUGUUCAAGUUGGUCGGUGACGAAAAGUUCACCCUCGGCAACGACCAAACUAAAUGCGAAUUGCGUGUCGAUCCACAACCGCACUUCACGUUCAGCUACAUGUUAUACGUAGACGGCAAGCCGUACGAAAAGUUUAUCGAGAAACAAAACAAAUUCCUGCGCUCCUGGGGCGUGCUGUUCAAUGGGAAUCGCUUCAGGGUCGUUUUCGAAAAGCAAACGCUUAACAUAUGGGUCAACGGGCAGUUAGUGGAGGCGGAGAACGCGUUUGUUCCGGACGGAACGGAAAUGCGGUUUUAUUUGGCCGACGCGCCAGCGACGAUUAAAUCUUCGGCUGAUAACAAGGCGGGCAUCGUGCAUAAUUUGUACGUUAACCAUAAACGUGUUGAGGAGGAUAGUGAACUGCCUGAUUGGAAGAAGUAGAUUUAUUGUAUUUUAUCAUGAAUAAAUGUUAUUUGUUACAUUUUUAACAAACUGUAAGAGAAUAGUGAAAGAAAGUGUCAUUUUGUUGUGUAAAUAAAUACAAUGUACUCAAA